UCCCAGUCCAUAGGGGUUUCACUUAGCUCUGAAACCAGAGCCACCGUUUCUAAACAACCGUUUGUAAAUUGUACCACUAUACGUACUAAUUCUUUCGUUGCUGCUGUCCUUUCAUGGCUACUAAAUCGGGAAGCUCAUCCACCAUCUUAUACUCCCCGUUCCUCGCUCACCACAACCAUCACCACUCCACCACCAUCCCCUGUGCACCUGCACCACAAGAUAGAGCUCGUCUCCUCCCCAUUAUAGCCCCUUCGAUCAGCGCGGUCCUCUGAUCCGCAGAUCGGCCGGCCAUGGACGGGGUUCCCAGGAAGCAGUACGGUUCCAGGAGCAAUGCUCGCCAGGGCGCGUCGGCCAGCACCAGCUCGGGCAAGCGCAGGGGGAAGGCUGCUGCCGGCGGCGCCGGCGGGAAGAAGCCGCCGAUCAAGGUGGUGUACAUCGGCAACCCCAUGCGGGUGACGACCAGCGAGGCGGGCUUCCGCUCUCUGGUGCAGGAGCUCACCGGCCGCCACGCCGACCCGUACAAGUACAGCGGCGGCAGCGGCAGCGCCGCAAUAAUCGACGUCGACGGCGCCGACGACAGCAGCGGGGGCAGCCCGGUGGGGCCCCAGUCGGGCGCGCUGCCCAGCCCCGUCAGCACCCCGUCGUCGGACGCCGCCUCAGCCGCCGGCGCGGCCCACGCCUCGGUGCCGGCGGCUUAUUACGACGACGACGAGGACAGCUUCGCGCCGCAGCUGAUCGACAACAGGUACUCCGUGUUCUCGCCGCCGACGUUCCUCUACGGCCCGCACGGCGACGGCGAGCUGUGAUGAUCCCAAUCGCGUGGUAGGGGUACACGAUAUGUGUGUGUAUUGCAUCUCGCAUGAGGAUAUGGACGAACUGUAUCGUAUGUGCAGGCUCGAUCGAGCUGAACUGAAUUGAAUUCUCUGUACGCUGCUAUAGCUCCCAAUAUGCAGUCUCUAUCACACUGCCAUCGGCAAUAAGACAAUCAGUGUACUACACCAGCACUGUAUGUUGUGGGCGCCACAUAAUCCGAUUUGAUUGGGAGCUAAUUGGUGGUUUUCAGUCUACAAUGAUCGAUGAAAUGGUAACGGGGUUGGUCAUUUAUCAGGUAUUU